AUGAAGGAACUGCUCUCCCAGAGAUACAAUGGCGAUCAAAUCACCGAGGAGAUGCUCGAAGAGGCCUCGAAGCUGUUCUCCGAGAACUACGGGAUGUGGAGCGAGCACGCGCCACGGCUGAUGGGGAAGUCCAUGAAGGCGGGUCGACCCGUUCGACUCAGUAGCGAGCGACAGCGACAGGAGUGUAUCCCCAACCACAACUCAUCAUACGCACGAGACACUGUCAACGGUCAACCGGCCGGGCACGCCUUCGCCUGUCGGUGGACGGUGGGAGGAAUGACGGUGUGCUGGAUCACCCAGCUGGUGGUCCAUGGGUGCGGGAAUCGAGGGAAUGGCCCUUGA